CCCCGCUUCAUGGCAUUACGUGGCGCCUGCUUGCGUUCGUAGCGCGGAGCCAAAGGGUUUUCGCACUUGAUUGGGCGACAGCGUAAUAUUCUGCGUUUCUCGCAAGACCAUUGGUGCAUUUCGCUUGGAGCCAUCUCAUUGGCCAAAACGCGACGUCGACCAAAGCUGGCAGCCGAAGGAUGGACGUCCAGGAGAUGCUCGAGAUGGUGCAGGUGAACCAUCAGGCGGCCUUGGACGCGCUUGCAGCACAAGUCGAGACGCUGCGCGAGACUGUCCAGCUCCAACAGCUCGAGCUCCAACAGCAGCGGGAGGCGCACGAGCAGGCUGUCGCGACCCUCGAGAACGACGCAACCAACCUGCGGCAGCUCCUUCAGCAAACACAGGCGGAGAACCAAGAGCUCAGCGCAACGGUGCAUCUUCUCAACGACGAGCUUAAUGUCAAGUCGACUGCAAAGCGCCUGCCGCCGACACCAAGCGAGCCCGAGACGCCCGUUCCGUCCUACGAGAGGGAGGUCCCCGCCUACGACAACAGCGCCGCGAGCCACACGAGCAUGGACACGUCCAUGGACUUUAGCUACCCGGCGCUCUGGGACCAGCCACAAGAGACCAUGGCGCCCCUGCACGUAUACAACAUGUAUCAGAACGACCGUUCGGCACGGCCGCCCAAGCUGGCCGGCUUCAAGGAGCCUCCUGCCCACGACAGCAACUCGCGCCUCGAACACGAACUCCGGCGCUUGCGUGAAAAGCUCGGAGCCUGCUCGACAGCGCUGUGAGCGAACUAACGUCCGUGUUAUUUAUGCAAGCCCGGUGACGUCAACGACUGCCCCGCCCACGCCUCGAGGUCUUGACGUGCAUUUGUCAAGUGUCAAUUUAGCAAUUUUGUUGGA